UUGUCUCUCUAUAAGGUUCCAUCUUAUCUUGAAUCUUUCAAUGAUUAUAUAUUCUAGGUUUUUUCGAGUUUUAGGAUUAAGAUUGAUUAUACGUUAUUAUGAUUAUGAUUUUCUAAAACAUUAAUUUUACAGUUCCAUAUUACUUAUAUGUCGAUAUUUAAUAACUAAUAAGUUAAAAUAGAUAAUUGGUACCUAUAUAAAUCUGAUAAGUAAUUCACUUUUAUCAAACAAUACCUUAUAGUUUCUAUUAAGUCUACUUAUAACUGAAUAAUGAAUAUGAUUGCAUAAUACCAAGCAUAGGUAGGUAGUUCACUAUUUUUUUUUGUCACGCAAACCAAGCCUAUUUAAUUCGCCAAUUACCAACUAACAAACAAAUUAUUCCAUAUGGCUGUGAGUGUUCGCAGAAAAGUAUAAGAAAAUAUAGCAAUGGAAAAAAUGGAUAUGGAAAUAUGCACAAAUAAUAUAAGCCCAUCAGACAUUGAUGAACCUCAAUGGAAAAUUUGGAAAAGACGCAGAUAUUUUGUCGCACUCAUGGGUUUUUGUGGUUUCUUCAAUGCCUACAUCCUGAGAGUCAAUUUAAGCAUAGCCAUAGUUGCCAUGACCCAAGAUCGUCAUGUCACCAACGAAAAUGGUACCAGUGAAAAUAUUGGUCCGGAAUUCGAUUGGAGCAACGAAUUACAAGGCUACAUCCUUAGCUCUUUCUUCUAUGGCUAUUUGGCUACUCAAUUUGUUGGUGGUAUAAUAGCCAACAAAAUCGGCGGCAAGAACAUGUUCGGAAUAGGAGUGGCGGUAACUGCAGUUCUUACUUUAAUUACUCCUUGGUUAGUGGUUACAAAUGUUUACUUGCUAAUUGCCGUAAGAGUAAUCGAGGGACUUUUUGAAGGAGUCACUUACCCAUCUAUCCAUGCAGUUUGGUCCAAAUGGGCUCCGCCUAUGGAAAGAGCUAGAUUAGCCACCAUAGCAUUUUCUGGAUGUUUUGUCGGGACCGUCAUUGCUAUGCCUGGCUGUGCCUAUUUAGCCGAAGCAUUAGGAUGGCAAAGUGUAUUUUAUGUUUGCGGUUGUUCUGGUGUAGUUUGGUUUAUACUCUGGACCAUAACGAUUUCCAGUGAUCCGCAACAAGAUUCGAAAAUUUCCCCACAAGAGUUAGCUUACAUUGAAGACUCGAUAAAAAGUGUUUCAAAGCAAGGAUUUGCAGCAAAGGUCCCAUGGACUAAAGUUUUCGGCUCUGUACACGUGUGGGCUAUUGUAGUGUCGCAUUCUGCCGAAAAUUGGGGCUUCUAUACGCUACUCACUCAGCUACCCAAAUAUUUAAAAGAUAUGUAUAACUAUGACUUAGGUAAAUCAGGGUUCUUAUCUGCCCUACCCUAUCUAGUAAUGUCAAUUUUAAUGCAAAUUUCUGGUCAAUUUGCCGACAUGCUUUUGUCUAGGAAAAUUUUAUCCACAACGACUGUGAGGAAAGUCUUCAAUUGCUCAGCUUUUCUUUCCCAAACCGUUUUCAUGAUGACUGCCGCUUUUUGGUCGGACAGAAUAGGAUCGGUUUUGUGUUUGACUAUGGCAGUAGGCUUAGGAGCCUUCGCUUGGGCUGGAUUCAGUGUAAAUCAUUUGGAUUUAGCUCCACAAUACGCAAGUAUCCUAAUGGGCAUUUCAAAUACCUUUGCCACAAUACCUGGAAUAAUUAGCCCUACAAUCACUGGUUAUAUUGUUAAAUCUCCUCCAACUGUCGAGCAAUGGCGUACAGUUUACUUCAUCGCAGCAGCAAUUUAUCUAUUCGGAGCAGUUUUCUAUGGAAUUUUCGCAUCUGGAGAGCUGCAGCCGUGGGCUGUGGUGAAAGACGAUGAUAAAACUAGCGAAAAUGGAAUUGACAAUGGUGGUUAUGCUGUAGAUAAAAUUGAUUCUAAUAAUUUAUUUGGUGAUAAUAAAUAGAAUGAAAAGUU